AUGAAUUUAUCGUCUGUACCAUCUAGUGCGAAGUGCAGUUCGGAUUUCAGUAUUGAAAGAAUUUUAAGUGAGGAUAGUAAAAGUCGGGAUGAGAGCAGUUCAGCUCCAAGUUGGUUGUGUUGUACACGAUACCAGCCGCCACGACUUUCACGUACGCCUAACGCCUGCCGAACUCGUCGCUCCGGCCGCCAUGCGCGAGUGCCUUUCACCAGUACGCAGGCGGCUGCGUUGGAGGCUGCGUAUGCGCGAGCACCUUACCUGGCACCCCCAGCUCUGCGCGCUCUAGCUGCGGCACUACAGCUGCGAGACGACAGAAUAAAAAUAUGGUUCCAAAACAGAAGAGCAAGAGAGAGAAGAGAAAAGAGUGGAACUAUUACACCCCCUCAUGCUGUUGCGUUACCCUCGACAGCACCUCAGAGCAACGUUUUCAAUGAUACGUGGAACAGCCAAGCUAAUUACUCAUUAGACGUUUCACAAAGUCAGCCUUCGGGAGUACGUGAACAUAUAAGUACGCCUUUGUCACAUAAAACACACUUUAUUACGUAUCUGAGCGCUUCAGAAGAAGAUUCCAAUGAAAGUCGUUGUGAUUCUCCUAUUGAUGUGGAAAAUGUUAUUGAAUGACCGUAAAAAUAUUUUAAAUACCUAUAUGACAUAAAGACUGUGAUAAUAAGUUUUACUUA